AGAACUUCUGAAGUGGAAUGGAUGGGGAUAUAACGACUCCAAAUUCGUCUUCAAUAAGAAGGGUCAAGCAGAAUUCACAGGAAAAAGGUACAGAUUAGGUGGUAUGGUAUUACCAACUUUUAAGGAAUGGAUAGAAAAAACCUUUGGAGCAAGUCUGGAGCACAAAACUACCUCUAGAGCAUCCUUAAAUGUUAAUGAUGUACCUCCAUCCAUUGUAAAUGAAGAAUUUCUUCAGGAUCUUAGAGCCACUAAAAUCUCAUAUUCGCAGGAUGCAGAAGAUAGGGUAUUCAGAGCUCAUGGUCACUGCCUACAUGAGAUAUUUGUACUCAGGGAAGGAAUGUUUAAGCGAAUUCCUGAUAUAGUUGUAUGGCCUGUUUGCCAUGAAGACGUAGUUAAAAUUGUGGAAUUAGCCUGCAAACACAAUCUCUGCAUAAUACCAUUUGGUGGAGGGACGAGUGUCUCUAGUGCCCUCGAAUGUCCUGAAGAAGAAAAAAGAACAAUUGUCUCACUGGAUACGUCACAAAUGAAUCGGAUUCUCUGGAUAGAUGAGAAAAACUUAACAGCUUGUGUGGAAGCUGGCAUUGUUGGACAAGAUCUGGAAAACCAGCUUGCUGAAAGUGGCUUCUGUACAGGCCACGAACCAGACUCCAUGGAGUUCAGUUCACUAGGAGGAUGGGUAGCAACACGAGCAUCAGGCAUGAAAAAAAACAUCUAUGGAAACAUUGAAGAUCUGGUGAUUCAUAUAAAAAUGGUAACUCCUAGAGGAAUAGUAGAAAAAAACUGUCAAGUACCUCGCAUGUCAACAGGACCUGAUAUCCAUCACUUCAUUAUGGGAUCUGAAGGAACUCUUGGAGUGGUUACUGAAGUUACGAUAAAGAUUCGCCCGAUCCCUGAAUACCAGAAGUAUGGCUCUGUGGUCUUCCCCAACUUUGAACGAGGAGUGGCCUGCUUAAGGGAAGUGGCAAAGCAGAGAUGUGCUCCUGCAUCUAUUCGCCUUGUCGACAAUGCACAGUUUCAGUUUGGUCAUGCUCUUAAACCACAAGUUGCUUCCAUUUUUACAUCAUUUUUGGAUGGACUGAAAAAAUUCUACAUCACAAAGUUCAAAGGAUUUGAUUCCAACGUACUGUGUGUAGCUACCUUGCUCUUUGAGGGUGACAGAGAGAAGGUUCUUCAGCAUGAAAAGCAAGUCUAUGAUAUUGCCACCAAGUUUGGUGGCUUGGCAGCAGGAGAAGAUAAUGGACAGAGAGGAUAUAUGCUGACAUUUGUCAUUGCUUACCUUCGGGACCUGGGCCUGGAUUACUAUGUAAUAGGAGAAUCAUUUGAGACAUCUGUUCCUUGGGAUAGGGUUUUGGACCUUUGCAGGAAUGUAAAGGAAAGGAUAGUAAGAGAAUGCAAAGAAAAGGGUGUUCAGUUUGCUCCUUUUUCCACCUGCAGGGUUACACAGACUUAUGAUGCAGGUGCAUGUGUCUACUUCUACUUUGCCUUUAACUACAGAGGAAUUAGUGAUCCUAUUCAUGUCUAUGAACAAAUUGAGAGGGCUGCUAGAGAAGAAAUACUUGCCAAUGGAGGAAGUCUGUCACAUCACCAUGGAGUAGGCAAAUUGCGGAAGCGCUGGAUGAAGGAGAGCAUCUCUGAUGUUGGCCUGGGAAUGCUGAGAUCUGUUAAAGAAUACGUGGACCCCAAUAACAUCUUUGGAAACAAAAAUCUUUUAUAAAGCCCUGCACAACAUGAUGUACUAAAACUUAUUCAAAAUUACUGUUGAAAUUCCUCCACUUUCAUUGUAUUGAUAUCCCAGUAAUCAAAUAUAACAUAGACUAAACUUUAAAAACUAGUAACUUACUUUGAUUUUUGCCACCCCCUCCCCCCCCCAAUAAAGUGUAAACAUCGCUGUUAAUGUUUAUGGAUUUUUACUUACAAUGCCGUUAAACUCUUAAACAACCCACUGGGCACAAAGUGUGUUACCAACCAGGAAAUGCAAACUUGGUUUUCCAAGUUUGGUUAGGCAACACAGCUGAUGGUAUUUUCCAUGCUGGAUACUGCCAGAUGUUUCUUACUAAAGCACCCCCUGCAAGGAGAACAAAGACUGACAACAGUGUUUUCUACAGAAGCAGCUGCUCAACCCAGCCUCUUGCUAAAGGAAAGCUGCUAGGAGACAGAUGAGAGAACA